UUCCCUUCCUUUCUUCUCCUCCAAUCCACGAUCCUCUUUCCUCCUGCUCCUGCUGCAUCGCCGGGGGCGGCUUGCCGGCUUCUCGAACCGGGACGCUUCCUGGAACCCACCUCCUCCACGCCGCUCUGAUCCUCCCUAGGCCUGUCCACUCUCCAGCCGGGGCACCCGCACUUCUCCUCACCCGUGCGCUCCAGUAGAGCCAGUCCCCGCCGCCCGAAUCGACCUCUCUCCAUUCCGCGCCGCCACCGCCGCCGCCCCCCAUGGGCCGGUUCGGGUGGCUCCGGCACGCCUCCAGAUCUCUCGCGUUCUGUUCAGGCGAGGUGGCUGCGCCGAGGAGCACAUGGAUUCGGCCGGAUGCGCCUUGCAGCUUUACUGGUAUCUAUAUUGGUGAUAAGUACUAUGGCCGAUUCAUGCUGACAUCAUCUGUAUUGAGCAGGAGUUUUCAUGCUACAGGUCACCGUUGUUCGAUAGAUAAAGAUUAUUACAAAAUUCUUGGUGUUCCUAAGGAUGCAUCGCAGGAUGACAUCAAGAAGGCUUUUCAUUCUCUUGCAAAAAAGUACCAUCCGGACACAAAUAAAGGCAAUACUGCUACAAAAAGGAUGUUUCAGGAAAUAAGAGAUGCAUACGAGACAUUACGGGAUCCUUCAAAGAGAGAGCAAUAUGACAUGCUAUUUUCUAGAGGGUCAAGGGGGGAUUUUGAUGGAUCCUAUCAUGACACAUUCUCAGGAUCCAACCAUGACCCUUUCACAGAAUUCCACAGACAGAAUGAUGGCCAUUUCUCUAGUAAAUUCUAUAAAAUAUUUUCUGAGGUUUUUGGACAAGACACAGAUAUGCGUGCAAAUGAUAUUAAGGUAGAGUUGAAUCUAUCUUUCAAUGAAGCUGCCAACGGGUGCAUAAAGAAGGUGUCUUUUAGUGCAAAAAAUGUUUGUGAUUCAUGUGGUGGGAGAGGUCAUUUGGCAAAUGCAAAGAGAUAUGUUUGUCUCUCAUGUAAUGGUUUAGGAAGAGUCACUAACUAUCCAUUCACAUCCACCUGUGGUGUUUGCAGAGGUGUUGGGAAAGUAAUUAAGGAUUACUGCUUGACAUGCAAAGGUUCAGGGGUGGUAGAUGGUAUGAAACAUGUAGAAGUGAAUCUCCCAGCAGGAAUUGAUUCUGGUGAUACAAUUCAUGUACGGGAGGCUGGAGAUAGUGGUGGACUUGGCACCGAACAUGGAAGUCUAUACAUCACAAUUCAAGUAGCAAAUGAUCCGGUGUUUACGCGAGAUGGUGCUGACAUACAUGUCGAUAGAAAGAUAAGCUUCACACAGGCAAUGAUUGGUGGAAAAGUUGAAGUACCUACUUUAAAUGGGAAAACAGAAGUGAAGAUACCCAAAGGAGUUCAACCAGGUCAAGUUGUAGUUUUAAGGGGAAAAGGAUUGCGAAAUCUGGCAGGAUACUCUGGGGACCAAUAUGUACGAUUCUUAAUUCAUUUCCCCUCUUUGGUUUAUGAUGUACUAUCUGCAGUGUGGUUACUGAACGUCAACGUGCGCUGCUGGAAGAAUUUGCAGUGGAGGAAGCUACAAAAGAACAAAACACUUCUAUGGUGGGAAACUGGCUUUAUCAGCAGCUCUCUACUGGUUAAUACUUACAGGUGGGAGCUAGUCGCAGAAAAUAUGACAGGACAAAAAGUCAUGAUCGGAGUCGGCAUCCUCAUACUGAUUCACAUGAUACUGAGCAAGGCUGUGAGCUAAGGCUUGGAAGCUGCACUUUUGUCGGGGCAGUGGGGCAGCAUCAUAAAUUUCUCUGAAGAUGUGACUUCACACAAUAGAACAGUGGGUCACGAUUCCUUAAAGAUUCUUUGCACCCAUGAGAGAUCACAAUUUUGAAGGAGGCGUCAGCUAGAAGAUUACUGGUUCCUAUGGGAAAGAUAAUCAUAAUAAAAUAUUUGGAUCUCAUCACAUAGUUUGGAGCGUCUGAGAUUGUCAUUUGAGUUGCCUAUGAUGUCUCUUCAGUGGUGCAGUAUGGAUGCUUACUAUUGGGAUAGUUCAAUGUGUCCAACCAUGUUAGGGUGAAAUCGGGUGUAAUUUCUUUUGACUUCACGUCAUCCUUUUUCCUUGAUCAAGUUAUUCUGUACAUAUUUUUCCUGUCAGCCCGCCAUGCUGAUGUGGGCUGGGCCACCUCCCAGGCUGCGUUUACUGCUGCUUGUCUCCAGCUUUGUCAACAACGUUGGGCGUUUGGAUUAUUUUUGGGUUACGCCAAUGUUCAUCAAAAAGAUCUCGCUA